CUUCAAAAAAUUUCCCUGUCGGCCUUUCAAAGUUCAAAGGAAAGUUAUUUGAUCAUUUUCCUUAGAUUUAUUAUAUUUUGUAUUUCCAUAAGUUGGUAAUAUUCCAACCUUAUGUGUUAGUUUUUCACUUUACUCACUGUAUUGGGAGUAAGAAAUCAGAAUGUUUAUAUUCAGUAAAAUCCUAAUUGUUUUCGCAAGUGUAUCUUUCGCUGCAUCAAAUUCGUGCUCUUUUAGUGUAAAAAUUAAGCAAAUACUACACAAUGAAGGAUUCCACAGCUUUUUCAGGAAUCUAACAUACAAUAUAGAGUUCCUAGACGAGGAGGAUGAGCCUAAGCCACUGUUCAAGAGCUGUGUGGUCGGCCUGGACCAGACCUUGCCUGCAGGUGUGUUUGCCAACCCGGACGAAUUGGGCGACCUCAGGAGGGUGAACAAGGUGAAUGCAAUACCAAAGAACCCGGUGAACAUUGAGUCAUCUGCUGAGCAGUCCAGUCCGACCUCUGUGUAUGUGGUGGGCAAAGUCCUCAGUGCCCACGUCAACUUGUGGAUGCCCGUCCAUGCUCGGUACCACAAGGCAGCUGCUGGUGGCGGACAAACCCGCACCACGCUGCCGCCGCCGCGCCUGCACCUCAAGUGCCCGGACGCGCGCCUCGACGCCUGUGACCCAGCGGUCGCCCGCCCCGUCACCUUCCUGUGCAGCAGCAGCCUCAAGGACAAGUGUAAUUGGAAGGAGAUCCAGUAUGUGAUGAUAACCGACACGCCAUUUUGGGACGUGCCUGUCGGCAACACGGACCACUAUCGCGUGGUCUCCAUCGGGACCGCACUCGUCAUCACCAUCGGCUCCAUGUACGUCCUCAAAGCCAUCCUCGACUACAAGAACGACAACGACAAGAAGUAUGACUAAAGAAAUAAAACUUACUUUCAACUCAGUAGCGCCAAGACAUUGAAGUGGCAAAAUUUAGAACUUCUUCAUAGAACAUUUGCAACUCAGUAGCGCCAAGAAAUUGAAGUGGGUAAAUUUAGAACUACUUCAUAGAUCUCAAGAACGUUAGUUUGUUCAUUUGGUUUAGUUCGACUGUAUGGUAAUAGAUGGCAUUUAUGUGAUGUUUAGUUGAGUGUGAUUGUUAAUUUAUUUGUAAAUAUUAUUUAAGUUUACUGGACUAUUUAAUAAAACAGUAGCAUAUGAAA